CCGCUCGCUCGCUCGCUCGCUCUCUCGCUCGCUCGCGGACCGCAGGCCCCUCGGGCGCAGCCGGAGGCGCCCGGGCGGCGGCGGCGGCGGCGGCGCGGAGUAGGCCGGAGCGGGCGGCCAGGCGGCCGCGCGGUGGCGGAGCGGGCGGAGCCCAGCGCUCGUACCCCGCGCCCGGCGCGCCCCGGCCGCCGCCAUGAGCGGCUCCUCGGGCACCCCGUAUCUGGGCAGCAAGAUCAGCCUCAUCUCCAAGGCGCAGAUCCGCUACGAGGGCAUUCUCUACACCAUCGACACCGACAAUUCCACCGUGGCGCUCGCCAAAGUGAGGUCCUUUGGUACUGAAGAUCGUCCCACAGAUAGGCCUGCUCCCCCAAGAGAGGAAAUUUAUGAAUACAUCAUUUUCCGGGGCAGUGAUAUCAAAGAUAUUACUGUGUGUGAACCUCCAAAAGCUCAGCACACACUCCCUCAGGAUCCUGCUAUUGUUCAGUCUUCCCUGGGCUCUGCUUCAGCCUCGCCCUUCCAGCCGCAUGUGCCUUACAGCCCCUUCAGAGGGAUGCCGUCCUACGGCCAGCUGGCGGCCAGCUCCCUGCUCAGCCAGCAGUAUGCUGCCACCUUAGGUCUAGAGAAGUUGGUAAGCCCUCCAGCCUCAGCCGCUGCCUCCAGCCCUAGUUCUUCUCCAUCUCCACAGCCCGUUUCAGAGCUUGACAUGUCCUCAGAGCCACCUCAGCUUGCUUCCAAGGGAGCUGGUUUUCCAUCCACUCCAGUCGGCAAGAGUCCCAUGGUGGAGCAAGCUGUCCAGACUGGCUCUGUUGAUAACCUGAAUGCCAAAAAGCUGCUACCCAGCAAGAACACCUCAGGAACACAGCUCAGCGGACGCCAGGUGCAGCCAAGCAGCAAGAUUUCCAGUGAUAUAGUCCAGCCAGCAGCUGUGCACACUCCAGGUCAGGUGAAUGACGAGAAUCGAAGGCCUCAAAGGCGACGGUCAGGGCACCGGCGAACAAGGAAUCGCUCCAGGGGGCAAAACCGUCCAGCUAAUGUCAAGGAAAACACAAUCAAGUUUGAAGGAGACUUUGAUUUUGAGAGUGCAAAUGCCCAGUUCAACAGAGAGGAGCUUGAUAAAGAGUUUAAGAAGAAGCUUAAUUUUAAAGAUAACAAAGCCGAGAAGGGGGAAGAGAAGGACGCCACUGUGGUGGCCCAGAGCGAUGGAAGUCCUGCGGAGGAGGACCUGCUCGGGCCCAGCUGCUACUAUGACAAGUCCAAAUCAUUUUUCGACAACAUCUCUUCAGAACUCAAGACCAGUUCCAGGCGGACAACGUGGGCUGAAGAGAGGAAGCUUAACACAGAGACCUUUGGAGUGUCAGGGAGGUUCCUUCGUGGCCGCAGUUCCCGCGGUGGAUUCCGAGGAGGCAGGGGCAGUGGGACAACCCGGCGCAACCCAGCUUCUCACAGAGCCGGGACUGGCAGGGUGUGAGGUACAGCCUGAGCUGCUGCUGAAGAGGCACAGAAGUGGCGCUGUGUAUGAAAGGACACAAGGAGAUGAUGCACUUAACAGGGGAGAAGUGGGUCCCGUUGUUUACUGAGUUUGGAAAAUUCCCAUACUGCUACUUAUGUUUUGGACUUAACUUAGACACGGUCUGAGUUGGAGCCACUUGUUUUUUUGGGAAGUAUUCAUGGGUAACCUCUUUGAGGUGUCUUGACCUAAAUUUCCUUUUUGGUUGUGCAUAGCCUAAUUUUACAGUUUUGGUAUUUGCAAAAGGUUUCUAUAGUGAAGGCUUGAUCCUCACCUUGUGACUGUUUCUUUCUUUCUUUGACUUUUAAAACAGAACCAAAUCUCAUUUGGCACUUGUGGCCAAGUGCAUCUCUAGAUCCCAUCUGGCCCCUGGUGCUGCUGGCCUGGCAUCCCCAUUGCCAAAAGUGGGGUCUCAGGAGACAGGCAGGGCUAGCAGAGUGGGCCGGGCAUGUGGGGCGGGCGGGCAGGGAAAGGGGGGUGUCCCAUGGAUCAUGUUGUGUAAUGAACCAGUAACUUCAGGGUUGGGGGCUGGCAGAAGGGGGUGGUCUUGUGAGAAGACCCCUGAAUGUUAGCUACAUGGUGUUAUGUGGAGCCUGGUUUGCCCAGGCUCCUAGGCUUAGGGUUGAAGCCCAUGUAGGGUGCACCCUGUGGUCUUCCUGUCCUGCUCCCCCAGGUCAGCCAGUGUCAGACUCUGGCUGAACACUUUAUAGUGUUCUUGUCCUCUUGGAAAUGAGCCAGUCUUUUUUGCAAGGUCAGCUGACCUUAUUUUCUCUUGAUUGUAAAUAGUUCUUGUGUGUUUGUUUCAAAGGUGGGUGGAGGGAGGGUGGGAGUAUAAAUUUGUUGCAUGAGUAAAUGGGUCAGAUCUUCAGUAUAAGCAUGCGUCCUUUUGACUGACAGGGCAUUUUGUUGAAAAUAAGCACCUUGGUAACUCAACUCCUUCAAAGUAGCUAUAAAGGCAUUAGUUCUGUGUUAAGUUACUGUAAAAGCUUGGGUUUAUUUUUGUAGGACUUCUUGGCUAAGAAUUAGAAAACAGCAUUGGGACUGCUCUGUCGGAGUAAUGUAAAUUACAACUAUAAAUAAACAAGCAAAGCUUUCAAACUUU